UCCGCUUUACAUUGAAAAUUUACUAACGUUCACGGUCAGCAUUAUCUUUGACUUAUUUUUUCUGUUUGGGGUUAACGACGUUAAUAUCCUUACAAUAUUUUUUUCAAGAAUAGCUAAGGAAUUGUACGCCGACUAGUCAUUUCAAAAUGUUUGUUUUAGUGAGAACUAUAUUUCGGAAAAGGGGUUUUCAAAAAGGUUUUUACAGUUUGUAUCUUUGUUAUAACUAUGCCGCCAAAAUCAGCCGAAUAAUUCUUCAUAGAUAAUUAUGCUUGAAAGCUAUUUUUUCCGAGGUGCAUUGAACUCAUAUCUGCUACGUCAUCAGCAUGCGCCAGAAACGGGUGAAAGGUGUCCCGGCAGUGUUUGGUAACAGAUCCGAAGACUUCAUACUGAAGCGGCUUUGGAGGAGGAAAGAAAGAUGAGUGUGAACAGGUUUCUUGUUUUGUCCAGAACCUUUCCCAUCGGGAAACAGCUGCUUCCCUCUCAUCUCAGGCAUGUUAGCAAAAAAGCCCCCAAUCUUCAGCAGCGGAAGAGUUUUCAAACUCACUCAAGAAAUCUUGCGUAUGCCAAGGAUUUGUUCCUCGGUCAGGUGAACAAGUCUGAGGUCUUCCCUUAUCCAGAAAUUGGAAAUGAAGAACUUGAGGAGAUCAAGCAGUUUGUGGCACCAGUGGAGAAGUUCUUCAGUGAAGAAGUUGACUCAGCAAAGAUUGAUCAAGAAGCCAAAAUCCCUCCAGAGACUCUGAACGGGUUGAAAGAGCUUGGGCUGUUUGGAAUUAUGGUUCCUGAGGAGUAUGGUGGUCUGGGACUGUCCAACACCAUGUAUGCUCGUCUGAAUGAGAUCAUCGCUUUAGACGGCUCCAUUGCUGUAACUCUGGCUGCACAUCAAGCGAUUGGGCUCAAGGGGAUUCUGAUGGCAGGGAACGAAGCUCAGAAGCAGAAGUAUCUGCCCAAACUGGCGUCAGGAGAACAGGUGGCUGCUUUCUGUCUGACAGAGCCGGGGAGUGGAAGUGACGCAGCUUCUAUUCAGACCCGCGCAACCCUGUCUGAGGACGGGAAGCACUACCUGAUAAACGGCUCAAAGAUCUGGAUCUCAAACGGAGGCUUUGCGGACGUGAUGACGGUGUUUGCCCGGACAGAGGUGGAAGUAGACGGCGUGAAGAAGGACAAGAUUUCUGCUUUCAUCGUUGAGAGGGCUUUCGGGGGCAUCACCAGCGGCAAGCCUGAGGACAAACUGGGCAUCAGGGGCUCCAAUACUUGUGAGGUGGCGUUUGACAACGUUCCUGUGCCGGUUGAAAACGUAAUAGGAGAAAUUGGAGGUGGAUUCAAGAUCGCCAUGAACAUCCUGAACUCUGGCAGGUUCAGCAUGGGCAGCUCAUCCGCUGGAAUGAUUAAGAAACUCAUAGAGCUUACCUCAGAGUACGCUUCAACCAGGAAGCAGUUUAACAAGAACCUGAGUGAAUUUGGAAUGAUCCAGGAGAAGUUUGCAUUGAUGGCGCAGAGCGCCUUUGUGAUGGAGAGUAUGGCAUACAUGACGGCAGGAAUGAUGGACAGACCGGGAGUUCCAGAUUGUUCUCUGGAGGCGGCCAUGGUCAAGGUGUUCAGCUCAGAGGCGGGCUGGGUCUGUGUCAGCGAGGCCCUGCAGGUCCUGGGGGGCCUGGGCUACACCAAGAACUAUCCUUUUGAGCGCUACGUCAGGGACUGCCGCAUCCUGCCCAUCUUUGAGGGGACAAAUGAAAUCCUGAGGAUGUAUGUUGCUCUCACUGGAAUGCAGUACGCUGGAAAAGUGCUCACAGGGAAAAUCAAGGAGAUGAAGAGUGGGAACAUAACUCUAGCAAUGAGCAUGGUGGGCAAAAAACUGAAGUCCUCCCUGGGAGCUUCAGUGGAUCUGGGCCUGACAGGGAAGGAUGGAGUGGUGCAUCCCAGCCUGGAAGAAAGUGCAAAGAAGCUGGAGCAGAAUGUCAACCUCUUCGGGUCGACCGUGGAGAGCCUGCUGUACAGAUAUGGAAAGACCAUAGUGGACGAGCAGCUCAUCCUGAAGAGAGUGGCUGACGUUCUGAUCAACCUGUACGCCAUGACGGCCGUUCUGUCCAGAGCCAGCCGCUCCAUCAGCAUCGGCCUCCGGAACCAUGACCACGAGGUGCUGCUCACAAACACAUUCUGCAAUGAGGCCUUCUUCAAGAACAAUUACCUUAUGGUUCAGCUGCAAAAACAUGCUCCAGAGAACAAUGAUGCCAACAUCAAGAAAAUCGCCAAGGCAGUCUUAGACAACAGAGCCUACAUCUGCUCCCACCCUCUGGAGAGAACAUACUGAACCCCCCCGUGACCAAACAACCGGCUCCUUAGAUCUGUCUAAACCACAUGGAUCUAAAUGAUUUGUCUUUACACUUGUGUUACGAUUUUUGCCUUUAUUUAUAAAAGGUAUUAAUUCAUUAGGAGAUUAGUGAAAGCAGUAGGUGUGUUUUAUGAGGCGUGGUAAAACAGGCUUCUGCUCAGAUGGAACUACCGAAAGUGCUCUUUAACGGUGAAGUCUCAGUGAACUGUCACAAACCAUCAUGCAUUUAAUCAGCCGCUUUUAUUUAUGAGUCGCAGGUUUUUUGACCCGGCUGCAAACAGUGGGUGUGUGUGUCUUUAUAUUGGAUGCCUACUUUUGAAAUCUGAAGAUGGCCAUCUCCUCAUUGGUCAGAGGCAAAGCAGGUCGGCUGUACAGGAACUACUCCGGCUUACUAAAGUCACUGAAAGUUAGCAGGAUGUAUUGUAUCAACACAGUGUCAGUCUUUUGUGAAUAAAAUGUGUAAUUGGACUCACAGGCGGUGGUGUUUGCUGGACAGGGGUCCGGGGACAGAGCUGGUGCUGUUGAGUCUGCCACUAGUGCGGGGGGGUGCAGCCACAGCUGCUCUCUCCUCUUCCUCUGCUUUUUUAUCCUCCAAGUUCAUCACAGAGAGCUGAGGAAAAGGCUGCAACACAAAAAACACAAACUCACUUUCACAAUGAUUCAAGUAAAUCACAAUCGCACAUAAGAUUCUCUCAGUACCACCUACUUUCAACUUUUGUGGGACAUGCUGUCAUCAAAUUCAAUAAGUUUGCUUCAUUGAAAUGGUCAAAAUGUCUCUGACAACAUUUGUGUUGUCAAAAGAUUUGCAUGCCAUUGCAUUGUGAUUUGAUGUAUAUGUUUUAGUGUCCUUUUUUUAACUGAAAUAUAGCAAAGCUUUUGAAAAGUUUGACUUAACCAGGUACAGAGCGGCAGUACCUUCAGCAUCAGGCCUGGUUUCCGUAGCGAGUACUUCUUUGGCUCAUCUUUCAGUAAACCCUGAGUCCUGUCUGACUUUCCUCUCAUGUGGCACUUGAACUGGGGGACGGGGCUGACGUCUGGUAGGCUGCUGACGGGAAGCAGCUUGCUCAGCCAGCGGCUGUACUGAGCUCUGGCGGCCUGAAGCUGCUCCUGCUGCAGAGUUUCACCUGAAGAUCAACAACAAACUGUUCAGUCUUAGGCUUCUUCACUUCUUCAGGCAUUUGACUAAAUUGGGUCAAAAAGUACAUCAUGAGCAGCACUAACGGGUACGUUAAUAUUAAUUAAAUAUCUCCACCACCAAAGUGAUUCUACAGCGUUGUGUGGGAGACUGAAAUUCUUCCUCUACUGGCUGAAGUUCCACCAUCUGGACCUUCAAUCAAAGCAUGUCAAUAUGGGUCUUCAGCACUGAGAGAGAGCUUAGAGCUUACCCCGUAGGAGGAAAAUAUGCAGACUUUGGAUGUUCUUUAAAUGCUAAAAUUCAGUGCUCUGAUAGGUGUUGGUUACAGCCUUCUGUUUAGUCACCACAAAUUAUUCACCAGGCUUUUGUAAUAAAACAAAAGCAAGUUUUGCUUGGAAUGCUCGGAUUUGUCUCAUCCCUUCAGCAGCUUCUUCAGAUUUGUAUAGUGUGUAAAAACAUACAAAAAUACAGUUGUGUCAUGUGUUACUUUACUUGCAAUAACAUGUCUGAGUGGCGACUGACGAUAUUAAGUGUGUAUAUAAAUUGACUUCACAAGUGUUACUAAUGCUUGUAUUACUCUAACUGUGAUUUCAUCUGCUUCUGUAAUAUAAAUAAAACUGAUCACAGGGAUUCUUCAGACAUGUACAGAAAACCAUCUUUACGCUGUAGGUAUCUCUGAAGUUUGUUU